ACUUUCAUUUAUUAUUUUUUAUAGUUCAUGGUAUUCAAGUUAUAACAAAGUUAUUACAGUGGCAUAAUUUUUUAAAUAAAUCUGAAUAUUUUUAAAUAAAUAAUUCUUAAAUAUGCCGACCUACGAAAUGCCUUUACUUCUUCGUAUAAUGAAUAAGCCAGAAACAUUUAACGCUUUAAAAAGAACAGCAACUGCAAUUUUUGAUAAAGGUGGAAUUAUUAGAAAAAUAGAGAAUUUAGGUUCGAAAAAACUUCCAUGCAAACUAAGCUUUAGAGGAAGGACUUAUUGGGAAGCAAAUCAUUUCUUAUAUUAUUUUGAUGUGCCUCCAUUAAUAAUACCAGAUCUUGUAGAUGAAUACAAUCGAGAUAUCGACAUCCUUAGAACUAAAAUAUACAAAAAAAAUAGCGUUCAACCCAUUGAAUGCACACUUCAUGAGGAAUUAUUGCCUCCUGUGUAUAGGAAAAAUGUAAUAAAAUUAAUGGAGGUUGCAGAGAUGCAGAAAAAGAAACAUAAGAAAUUACAAUAUGAUCGCGAAAUGAAAUAUUAUCCUUCUUCAAAUCCUAAUCAGGUUUCAUAAAUUUCAUUAUUUAUAAAUAUUAUCAUAAUCUUAUGUAUAUAGCUUUAUAAUAAAGUAAAUGACUCUAUAAAAAAUUAAAA